UCGGUUAAAAUACGUCUUGUGGUUCAUUUGAGAGUAGUUAUUUGCUUUUGAUAGUAAUUAUUAUAUUAAAAAUAAUAGGUACAGUUUAUUCUAAUUAAUAAUAUCAAAUGGCUAAAAUAUUUAUUUUGUGCGUCACUUUAGCCGCCUUAGUGGUUAUCGCUGAUUCUAAAUCUUUAAGCCAUACAGAGGAGAUUUGCCACGACUGUGCCGAAGUUGUAGGAACUGAAGAGAAGGCCUAUAAGCGAUCAAAGAGAGAUCAUGAAGGUCUGAAAUUUGCUAAAGAUCUCACACUCGGUAUUUUAGGUACCACCUGGAACGGCAUCGUAGAAGUGAACAAACUCAAACAGCCAAGACCGCGGCCAAUAAUAGUUGGUCCCGGGAAUGGUAACACUAAUCGUGUAAUGAUCAACAAUCCAUAUGGUUACAACGGCUACUACGAUGAUUACAACGGUGGGAGCAACUUUAAUUACAGAAACCCACAAAACUACAACUACUAAUACUUAGUCAAUAAUAAAUUCAUUCAACGCAAUUCCUGCUACAACCAAUAUCUCUAUGUACUUCACGGUGCAAUGUCUGCAAUAGACCUCUAUGUCUUAGCAGCGAAUCGAAGCGAAUGUCUACAAUUUUACAUAGCAUAUCUCCACUACGUGAAAC